UCUGCGCUCCCGCUCCGGAGCCCGCAGCCUUCCCCAGCCGAUGCCGGGGACUUGAACCCCGCACCCUGAGAGUCUUUGUUAAUGGAUGUGGUGGCCCGAGGCACCACAACCCGGAGGAGCAGGUUGAAAAGAUCCGAUGGCAGCACCACUUCGACCAGCUUCAUCCUCAGACAGGGUUCAGCGGAUUCCUACACGAGCAGGCCGUCUGACUCCGAUGUCUCACUGGAGGAGGAUCGGGAAGCAAUUCGGCAGGAGAGAGAGCAGCAAGCUGCUAUCCAGCUUGAGAGAGCAAAGUCCAAACCUGUAGCAUUUGCUGUGAAGACGAACGUGAGCUACUGUGGGGCCUUGGACGAGGAUGUGCCUGUUCCAAGCACGGCCAUCUCCUUUGAUGCCAAGGACUUUCUACACAUUAAAGAGAAAUAUAACAAUGACUGGUGGAUAGGAAGGCUGGUGAAAGAGGGUUGUGAGAUUGGCUUCAUCCCAAGUCCACUUAGAUUGGAGAACAUACGGAUUCAGCAAGAACAAAAAAGAGGACGUUUUCACGGAGGGAAAUCCAGUGGAAAUUCUUCUUCAAGUCUUGGAGAAAUGGUAUCAGGGACAUUUCGAGCAACACCCACAUCAACAGCAAAACAGAAGCAAAAAGUGACGGAGCACAUUCCUCCUUAUGAUGUUGUGCCGUCCAUGCGUCCGGUGGUAUUAGUGGGGCCGUCACUGAAGGGUUAUGAGGUAACAGACAUGAUGCAGAAAGCCCUCUUUGAUUUCCUGAAGCACAGGUUUGAUGGGAGGAUAUCAAUAACGAGAGUGACAGCUGACAUUUCUCUUGCUAAGAGGUCUGUCCUAAAUAAUCCGAGCAAGAGAGCAAUAAUUGAACGUUCGAACACUCGGUCCAGCUUAGCGGAAGUACAAAGUGAAAUUGAAAGAAUCUUUGAGUUGGCAAGAUCUUUGCAGCUGGUUGUUCUUGAUGCAGACACCAUCAAUCACCCAGCACAACUUAUAAAGACUUCCUUAGCUCCAAUUAUUGUUCAUGUAAAAGUCUCAUCUCCAAAGGUUUUACAGCGGUUGAUUAAAUCCAGAGGGAAGUCCCAAAGUAAACACUUAAACGUUCAACUGGUGGCAGCUGAUAAACUUGCACAAUGCCCCCCAGAAAUGUUUGAUGUUAUCUUGGAUGAAAAUCAGCUGGAGGAUGCAUGUGAACAUCUGGGCGAGUAUCUGGAGGCAUACUGGCGUGCUACCCACACAACCAGUAGCACCCCCAUGACCCCGCUGCUGGGAAGGAAUCUGGGCUCGACAGCACUCUCACCAUACCCCACAGCAAUUUCUGGGUUACAGAGUCAACGUAUGAGGCACAGCAACCACUCCACAGAGAACUCUCCAAUUGAAAGACGAAGUCUAAUGACCUCCGAUGAAAAUUAUCACAAUGAAAGGGCUCGGAAGAGUAGGAAUCGCUUGUCUUCCAGUUCCCAGCAUAGCCGAGAUCAUUACCCUCUUGUGGAAGAAGAUUACCCUGACUCAUACCAGGACACUUACAAACCCCAUAGGAACCGAGGAUCGCCUGGGGGCUACAGCCACGACUCCCGACAUCGGCUUUGAGUCUGCAGAAACAAACAAAAAAUUCAUCUGUUGACAAUUUGCCAUAGCCCUACUAGGAUAAACCAAUCAUCUUAACUUGGCAAGUACAGCACAGUAUUUACUGUGCUUGUGGGCUGCUGUCAUUUGAUGCUAAGUAACGGGCAAAAAAAAAUGUACAUUAUGCCCUUAAGUCUAGAUGGAUAUUAGAUGCCCAAUCAUAUAGAUAUUUUUAAGUGCAACAUUUACAUAACAGUACCUUUUGUUUUCUUCAUUAGAUUUAGACACAUCAAUUUGUAAUUUAGGGUACUUAUCAAGGCACAUAUAAAAUAAUUUCCCGUGCUGGAAAUUCCAAAUGACCAGUUCCAGUUGGAACCAAUUUAUAAACCAAUUCCUGUUGGAAUUUGGGUGAAUCGACUGGAAAGUCUACUUGAGCAUGUUGCAAUCAAUUAAAAAAUCUGAAAAAAAAAAAAAAACCACAACGAAUUAAUGAAAUCAAAAUACCAGUAGAAGUCAAAACCAGCUAUGGUAUUUAUUUGCUGGAAGCUAAAUUUACACUUAAAGUUGGAAUGUAUAAACAUUUUAAUAUAUGUUAAUGUUGCCAGAAUGGCUUUUCAAACUUACCAAAUGUAUUGAUAGUGCCAAAAAUAUCUCAAAUUAAUGCAGAAAUUAUACAGUCUCCUCAGAUUUUAAUAUUUUUAUUUCUUUCCUGGCACAGCUGUUGUAUUCAAAGUGUUUUGCUUUUUGUUUAGUCACUACUGUUAGCUCGUUUGAAGUUGGCAAAAAAACUCAAAAUUUCUUUAGCAGUGAGAGAGAAUAGUAAAGAGAAGCCCAGUCAUAGCUGGUUAUGUGACGUGGAAAAUGGGGUGUUGUUUCCCCUUUAUUCAAUCUGAGCACAACUACAUACAUCCAGGAAUCUGGAAUCAGACAGGAAGGAUGGGCACAGAUUCUCCUGAGUGCAGAGCUGAACAUCUCCCGAUGGGAAUUCAUCUAUUCCACUUACCACAAACAUGGUUCGGUAUUUCCCGCCAGUGCAGUUGAAUAUCUUUCCAUUGCUUCCUUCAGUCUCUGUCUUUGAAUAUCUGAAUGUUCUAGCCCUUCACCAAAUUCUUUUUAAUCAUGCUAAGGAUUUUUGUUUUACGUGGAUACAUUCAAUUUUGAUAUUGAAAGCUGUGUUUAUACGAAACGAUUAAUUGAAAAAUGUGAAAACAAAUGAUGAAUUUAAAAACUUGCAAUAAAAAAUAAA